GUGAGCGAGUUUGCGUGUGUGGGGCAGUGCCGGUUUCUUUUUUCCACUCUUUUCUUCUCCCUCUUCCUCUUUGUCACAAAGAAUACAUAAAUAACUUAUAUAAAACAAGAAGAAGAAACCAUGGGGAAAUCUGUCAGUGUGAGAGUUCGACCAUCCAAUGGUAAACUCUUUGACGUUACGCUUGAUCCCGAAUCGACUACCAUUCGUCAACUCAAAGAGUUGAUCGGCGACAAGAUGGAUGGUGCUGAUCCCGCCGAACUGAAACUUGUCCACUCGGGACGGAUACUGAGUGAUGACCACCUUUGUCAUGAGUACAAUAUCGACUUUGGUCAUACUAUUCAUGUGGUUCGACCCCAUUCCAAGAAAUCGCCCAGUGCACAAGCUUCGAACACAUCGUCCUCAACUGCGUCGACCACAGCCACAGUGACAACAGAAACUCCUGAAACGACGACAACAACACCACCUUCAGCCGUUAAUACUACUACCUCUACUACUCCUGCUGAUACUACACCUUCAGCAACAACAGCAAAUGACUCGAAUAUGACACGGUUUCCCGGUUUGGGCGGAUUAGGACAGCAGGAUCCAAUGGAUAUGUUUGGGGGCGGCAAUAAUAUGCGAGCACCCAUGAUGGAACCCGAGACCAUACGACGAUUAAUGGACUCGCCCAUGAUGCAAAACUUGCUGAGCAACACUGGUAAAGCGAGAGAAAGAAAAUCAAAAGAUGUGGAAAAAGGGGGUGGGAUUAGAAAGGAGAGAGUAUAUAUGGUACGAUCGAUCAUUAUGAGCAAUCCUCAAAUGAGAACAUUAGUGGAGCAAAACCCGGAGAUUGGCCAUGUUAUCAACGAUCCUGCGUUCCUGCGACAGUCAAUAGAAAUGAUGAGAAAUCCGGAAAUGAUGCGACAAAUGCAACGAAGCAACGAUCGCGCACUAUCCAACAUUGAGGCUCUUCCUGGAGGCUUCAAUCAUCUGCGACGAAUGUACAACGCCUUCCAAGACCCUUUAGAAUCUGCUGCCAGACCAGAUGACCGCUCCACCGAUGAAGCCAAUGCUCGACUUGCACGAGAACUGAAUGUCACUAGCAUUCCAGAAAAUCAAUUGAAUACUCAGGCAUUGCCGAACCCUUGGGCAUCUCGCUCCCAACAAUCAAACUCGCAGUCUUCUCCUGCUGCUGGUGCAUUUGAUCCAUCGGGAUUGGGCGCUUUGGGCGGAAUGGGUGGACUGGGCGGUAUGGGAGGCGGAGGAAACUCGGGCAAUCCGUUUGCUGGUCUCUCCAUGUUUCCCUCAUUUUUGAACCCACAGCAACAGCAGCAAUCAAACUCGGAAACAUCCUCUACUCCUCCAACGACUACUGAUAACAGCAACAACAAUUCACAGCAACAGCAACAGCUGCCGUUCUGGGCUGAUCCCAGCUUCAUUCAAGCUAGUAUGCGCUUACAACAAGCAAUGAUGGAAAGUCAGAGGCAAAAUCAACCGGAUGGCAAUCAGCAGCAACAACAACAACAGCAGCAACAGAUGCCAAUGUUCCCUUUUUCACAAGGCCCGUGGAACUUUGGUAAUUUAGGCAGCAAUGCAGCAACGUCUGGAUCCACAGCGGCCUCUACCACAUUAUCUACUACACCCACUGAACCACCAGAGACCCGAUUCCGAUCACAGCUCGAGCAGUUGGAAGAAAUGGGAUUCUCGGAGCGGCAAGCUAAUGUCCGUGCCUUGUUGGCUACGGGUGGCGAUGUGCAGGCAGCUAUCGAAUACCUACUACAUAACUAAGGAAAAGAAAACCAUCAUGACCUCUCCCUUUUUUUCGUCCUUUCUCUUCGCUUCCACCUUCUUUUCACUACCUUUUUUUUUCUUAAGCAAGAGCAAAAAAAAAGAGGAAGAUGAAGAAAAACAUUUAAAGUCAAAGACGCUUAAUAUCUCCCCUAUCUACUAUCCAUCUGUUUUCUGUCUCCAUCUUUAAACGAACGGCCCUGUGUACUUUUUUUCUUUUCAUCUCGUCUUCUUCCCUCUCUUAACCUUCUUCUACUGAAGGCUUACUUGUCUACAUUUAUUUUGCGACAUUUCUCUUUUCUAUCUAUACUUGAAUAAUCGAGCUUAAUACGAAAGAUGAUAACAUAUUGAUGUAAUAAGCAUGCCACAUAUAUUCCCUGACCCCUUUACUCA